AUGGAAAGUGGGACGCCAAAGAAAACACAAGAAAUGAAGACUGACUUGAAGUUACUGUUGGAAUGUCUGAAGUAUCAUAUGGGCAACCCUUUGUCACAAAAGGAAGUUUUGAUCACCAUUCAUUCAGUUUGUAAACAAAACAGCGAUGCGGGUAUUUAUUUCCGGGAAAUUGGUGGUUUGAUGUUUAUAAUAAACCUUGCAAAGUCAAGUGAGCAUAGCAUGGUAAAAGAAGCAGCCUUAUACACAUUAGGAUCUAUUGCAGAAGAAAAUGUUUACUGUCAGCAAUCUUUGUGCACUUCAGAAUUAUUUCAAGAUUUAACCGUGCUCUUAACUAAUGAUGAUUCAAACACAAACUUGAAAAGAAUGUCUGUCUAUGUUCUUUUGGUUCUGGUUUCAAAUAAUAGAAGUGGACAAACUCUUGUGAGAGAAGUGGGUUGUAUUGAAGUUCUGUCACAGAUGUUCAGGACAGUUCUUUCCAAUUAUGAGUUGAAUUUGUCAGAUAAUAAUGUUUUCCAGAGCUAUCUGUUAUGGUCGUCAGUGUGCAGUACUCUGUGUGUAUGUGUCAACAAUCCUCAAAAUGAUGAGAAUCAAAUGCUUUGUUGUCCACUUUUUCCAUGUGUUAAUGAGUGGCUAAUGAAUUGCAUGAGACCUGAGGUAAUUCGACCUAUAUGCUCAUUUAUUGGACUUACUCUUGCAAAUAAUACACAUGUUCAGAACUGCUUUGUAUCUUCGGGUGGACUGGAUGUUUUGUCUCAGGUUCUUGUGCAGUUGGAGUCUGAUUCACACAAUACUCUUUCCAGUGCUAAGCUUGCAGUCGUAGUGACAAAGACCAUGGAUGCAUGUAUUACUGAUAACUCAGCUGCUUUUGCAGUGAUAUUAUCCAAGUACCACAUUGUUUCUACACUUCUGGCAUUACUGCUUCAUGAAAGUCUUGAUUCAAGAGAAAAAUUUAGCAUCAUUCUUGCCAUUGGUCACUGCACAGAGGAUUGUGAGAAAAAUCAGUAUGAACUUUUAAAACACAAUGGGCUUCCACUGAUGAUACAAGCCUUAACUGAGUUUAGGAAUGAAGACCUAAGCAAAGCUGCCACUUAUGUGCUUCACAACUGCAAAAAAAUUACUGGGAAAUUAUCUCUAGGACAGAAUUCUUUUGGUGAAAAUGAAACUGAAUUAAAGGACAUAAGCGACCAAGAGACUCUUAGAGAGCACUGGAAGGCAGCAAAGGAGAUUCUAUGCAGAAUAAAACAAUUUGAAAAGGGAGGGGAAGAGGGGAAACCACAAAACGGGAGUGGACAAUAUAAGGAUGAUACCCCAUCUAUGAAAGCAAACCUACAGACCAGUUUGAAGCGUCUCUGUGCAGAUAGUGCUGGCGGUACCAGGGCAGGGGACAAGGACAUAAACCAGUCUAGAGAGCUUCGCAGCCGUAAGCCCAGUGAAAUCAUGUCUAAAGCUUGUGCAAAUGGAAACCAACCGAAGAUUCUGAAAAAGACCACAAAUCCAGUUAAUCCUUUCUAUAAGGAGAAAGGGCAGAAUGAGAUUGUACGUAAAACCACUCCAAGCUGUGCUCAAAACUUAAACGAGGAAAAAACUUUUGACCAAAAGGAUUCUGUUUCUCAAUCGAGUGACCAGAUCCUUAAACAUAUGCCUCAUACUGUCAAAAAUAGGAAGCAGGUACCAGAAGCAGAUCCAUUUACAUUGUGUUUAGACAUAAUAGAUAAAGAAGUUGAUAUUCAAACAACUGACAGCUGUUCCAGAAUGUUAAAAUAUAGGUGCUCAGGUUGCAUAGUAGUAAGAAAACUCCUCAACAGCCGAAAUUUUAGCAAGUUUUUGCACUCUUGUGCAUACCAAUGUGAUCACCAUAAAGUCAUUAUGGAAGCUGAAGACAAGUAUAAAAAUGAACUAAGGAAAACAUUUAUCUGUGCAAAAAAAAUUUUGCUGACUCCCUGUAGAAGAAGACAACUUCGUAAAGAAUCUACUGCCUCUGAAGAACUAAAAAUUAUUCAUCAAAAACCAGAUAGUAAAAAACUUCCAGGUUUGGAGGCACAGGCCUUAAAUACCAGCAUUCCAGAGGCUAAGGAAAGAAGAUCACCAGUUCCCGGCCAGAGUGGACUACAUAAAAAAAGAAGAAUUCGUAAAAACUUUACCAAAGAAGAAGUAAAUUAUCUUUUCCAUGGAGUUAAAAGAAUGGGAAAUCAUUGGAAUUCAAUUUUGUGGUCUUUCCCCUUUCAGAAAGGACGAAGGGCUGUAGACCUUGCUCACAAAUACCACAGGCUGACCAAAGGCCCCAGCUGUGCAGCCCUGUGA